CACCUCCACCCGGAGCACCCCACGACUUGUCUCAAUCACCGCUUCUGUAUCACUACACCCACAUUCCGCCCUGACACCAGCGCCGUCAUGUCUCGCGGAGGCGGUACUACGCUCUACGUCACCGGCUUCGGCCACGGCACCCGCGCCCGCGACCUCGCCUACGAGUUCGAACGGUACGGUCGCCUUGUUCGCUGCGACAUCCCGGCCCCGCGCUCGGCUUCGUCUCGCCUCUUCGCCUUCGUCGAGUACGAGAGCCGCCGCGAUGCCGAUGAUGCUUAUCACGAGAUGCACAACAAGCGCAUCGGCCGCGAUGACUUGCUGAAGAUUGAGUGGGCCCGCACUCCUCCUUCGGCAUCAUGGCGCUUCGACUCUGGCCGUGAUCGCCCCCGUGGUGAGCGUGGUGAGCGCGGUAGCGACCGUGGCGACCGCAGCUCUCGCGGCGACGACCGUGGCGUCCCAUCCGGCCGUGACCGUUCUCCCCGCCGUCGCAGCGUCUCUCCUCGCCGUGAGCGUGCCGGCUCUCCCCGCAAGGACCGUGAGCGCGACUACGACCGCCGCGACCGCGACAGGUCCAGGAGCCCCGUUGAUGGUGACCGCGAGAUGAAGGAUGUCCGCGAGCGCGAGGACGAGCGUGGCGACCGCGAGCGUGGCGACCGUGAGCGCGACGAGAGGCGCGAGGGCGAGCCUCGUGCCGCUGAGCCCGAGCGCAAGGCCGAAUCUCCUCCUCCCCCUGCCGCACACGAAGACCUCGAUGUUGCCGAGUAGAGCUAGCAGCUGUCAUGCUUCGCGCGGGCAGUGCUCGUGCUGCUUGUCUGUCAGAUCAUCUGUAUUGGCGUGUCUUUCACUUUCGAAUUGCUACAUGCGUGGGUUCUAGGUAGCGGAAAACGGCAAGGGCUCUGUGUUUCUUGGUGGUGGUCGUGUUGAUGCCCGGCCAUGCACUACAUUAAUCAAUGCGCAGUCGAAAAGUCGGAUCGGAAUCUUUAUUUGGCGAGUCGGUACCAGCGAUAUCCCACUCGAUGCGGUUCGCUCUUGCGUCCUGUUCACCUUCAACGGUCGAUCGGUCGAUAUCGAAGCGGUCGAACUCGGUAACUCGGUUUUCUGUACACUACACGGUCGAACUCGGUAGCACGAACCUUUCAAUUCCCACCACACUCGAUGCAACCCCGAUACGCCCUCAUCUCGUCCCCGUCCC